UGCAGCCCCCGUGUCAGCCCCGAGCCUACUCUGAAGCCAGGCACCAAAGAGUAUUCAGACAGCGGUCUCCUCAGUUCCUGUUUCCGCCUUGCGCUUCGACAGAUCUCAACCCCUUAAGCAUCUCUGUCGUCCUGAAGACAUCCCCUCUGGAUCCCCGGAUUUUUUUGUGCCAAAAAGAGGAGGCCUCCAUCCAGAAAGACACAAGGCGUACUGGAAGGAGCUGCUAUCUGAAGGGAAGCUUUUUACAUUACUCCCCACUGGACUGACCUUAAAGCACAGACCAUAGAGGCCCCCCAGAGACCCCAGCCAGAAGACAUCAGCCAUCACUGUUCCCAGACCAGCACCAGCCAUCACUGUUCCCAGACCAGCACCAGCCAUCACUGUUCCCAGACCAGCACCAGCCAUCACUGUUCCCAGACCAGCACCAGCCAUCACUGUUCCCAGACCAGCACCAGACAUGGUCUAGCCGCAGGAGAAGUGCGACACGCAACCCAUAAACUCUCAAGGCGCUUUGCAUCUUUUUCCCCCCCCUCCUCCCUCUGCCGUCCUCCUCCUCCUCAUCGAUCUCUCCCACUCCUCUCACCUCCGCGGAUGACGGCGAUGAAGACUACGACGUGUCAGCGUAUGGCGUUGUGACGGGACUCCCGCCCUCUCUCUCUCUCUUCCCCCAACACACACACACACACACACACACGUUGGGUGAUCCCCUCCCCCCCUGGGGUGCCGCGGUGCAGCGGCGGAGGCCGGCGGCUGAAGAUGCGGCCAUGGACGGGCUCGUGGCGUUGGAUCAUGCUGGUGCUGCUGGCGUGGGGCACGCUGCUCUUCUACAUCGGCGGGCACCUGGUGCGCGACAGCGAGAACCCGGAACGUUCCAGCCGGGAGCUGUCCAAGAUCCUGGCCAAGUUGGAGCGCCUCAAGCAGCAGAACGAGGACCUGCGGCGCAUGGCCGAGACACUACGGUUGCCUGAAGGACCUGCAGAUGGAGGUCGGGUCCACAGUCUAGAAGAGCAGCUCAUCAAAGCUAAAGAGCAGAUCAACUCAUACAGGAGCCUCCCUGCUGAUGGGCCAGGGCAGAACCACGAGGAGCUGAGGAGGAAGGUGGAGAACGGGAUGAAGGAGGUCUGGUAUUACGUGCGCAGCGAGGUCAAGAAGCUGGCCCACGUUGAGAGCGGUGACCUGCAGAAAAAGGCCGACACACUGCUCCAGGACCUGGGCGAACAGCAGAGGUCCAUCAUGACGGACCUGCACCUCCUGAGCAUGGCGGACGGCGCGGGAGACUGGAGGGAGAAGGAGGCCAAAGACCUGUCCGACCUGGUGCAGAACCGCAUCACCUACCUGCAGAACCCACAGGACUGCAGUAAGGCCCGUAAGCUGGUGUGUAACAUCAAUAAGGGCUGUGGGUACGGCUGCCAGCUGCACCACGUGGUCUACUGCUUCAUGAUCGCCUACGGCACGCAGCGCACGCUCAUCCUGGAGUCGCAGAACUGGCGCUACUCCAGCGGGGGCUGGGAGACGGUCUUCAAGCCCGUCAGCGAGUCCUGCUCCGACCGCAGCGGGGCCUCCACCGGACACUGGUCAGGCGAGGCUAAUGACCGUGACGUGCAGGUAGUGGAGCUGCCCAUCGUGGACAGCCUGCACCCGCGGCCCCCUUACCUGCCCCUGGCCAUCCCCGAGGACCUCGCCGACCGCCUCCACCGUCUCCACGGCGACCCCUCUGUCUGGUGGGUGUCGCAGUUCGUCAAGUACCUGAUCCGCCCCCAGGCCUGGCUGGACAAGGAGAUCCGGGACACUACCGCCAAGCUGGGCUUCAAGCACCCAAUCAUAGGGGUUCAUGUCCGGCGGACAGAUAAGGUUGGCACGGAGGCAGCGUUCCACCCCAUCGAGGAGUACAUGCAGCACGUGGAGGACUACUACCAGAUGCUGGGCCGCCGCACGCACGUGGACAAGAAGCGCGUCUACUUGGCCACCGACGACCCCUCGCUGCUGCAGGAGGCCAAGUCCAAGUACCCCGACUACGAGUUCAUCAGUGACAACUCCAUCUCAUGGUCGGCCGGGCUGCACAACCGCUACACUGAGAACUCUCUGCGAGGGGUCAUCCUGGACAUCCACUUCCUGUCACAAACCAACUUCCUGGUCUGCACCUUCUCCUCACAGGUGUGCCGCGUGGCCUAUGAGAUCAUGCAGACGCUGCACCCCGAUGCCUCUGCCCAUUUCCAUUCGCUGGAUGACAUCUACUACUUCGGAGGGCAGAAUGCCCACAACCAGAUCGCCAUCUACACCCACGAGCCGCGCGGCGGAGACGAGAUCCCGCUGGAGCCCGGCGACGUGAUCGGCGUGGCGGGGAACCACUGGGACGGCUACUCCAAAGGCAUCAACCGCAAGACGGGCCGAACCGGCCUCUACCCCUCCUACAAGGUCAAGGAGAAGAUUGAGACCGUGAAGUACCCCACCUACCCUGAAGCGGAUAAGCUCCUCAAUCAGUAGAGAGAUAUGGACCGAGAGAAGAGAGAGAUAAGAGGGAGAAAAAAAAAUGACUAAGAGAUGGAUAGAAUGAGAGGAGGAGGAGGAAAGAGAAGAGAUACUCUCUGUUGCUCUCUCUGCUUGGUGUGAGAAGUGAAGAAGAAGAAAAAUCCAGACCCUUCAGAAGGGGUAUGCACUUUGUGUUGUGUGUGUGUGUGUUUGUGUGUGUGUGUGUGUGUGUGUGUGUGUGUGUGUGUGUGUGUGUGUGUGUGUGUGUGCGUGUGUGUGUGUAAGAUGAAGGGGGUGAUUUUACAGGGUAAUGGUCACGCUCCUCCUGGACUCGGUGCUCUCCCUCACCCUGCCUCUCAUCCCUCUUUUCAGGAUUGAGAGAGAGAGAGAGAGAGCGAAAG